AUGAGGAAGUGUACGAUCACUUCUAUUUUAUUACUAUUAUGCCUUCUCUUUCUCCUUCCAGAUCAAGGUAGGAAACUACAAGCAAAUGCAGACGGUGAUUCUGAUUUACCGGUAGAUCCACCGAAGGUGGAAGAAAAGAUAGGCGCUGUUCCGAAUGGAUUAUCAACCGAUUCUGAUGUCGCUAAGAGGGAAGCGGAGUCAAUGUCGAGAAGAACACUUCGCUCAAAUGCGGAGAAGUUUGAGUUCCAAGCGGAGGUGUCUCGGCUUAUGGAUAUUAUUAUAAACUCACUUUACAGUAAUAAAGAUAUUUUCUUGAGAGAGUUGAUCUCAAAUGCUUCCGAUGCACUGGACAAGAUUAGAUUCCUAUCACUCACAGAUAAGGAAAUUUUGGGUGAAGGUGACAAUACUAAGCUCGAUAUCCAGAUUAAGUUAGAUAAAGAAAAUAAAAUUAUCUCUAUCCGUGAUAGAGGUAUAGGAAUGACAAAGGAGGAUUUGAUCAAGAAUUUGGGAACCAUUGCCAAGUCCGGAACUUCAGCAUUUGUGGAAAAAAUGCAGACAAGUGGAGACCUUAACCUUAUUGGCCAAUUUGGUGUUGGAUUCUACUCAGUAUAUCUUGUUGCUGAUUAUGUUGAAGUGAUUAGCAAACAUAAUGAUGAUAAACAGCAUGUAUGGGAGUCAAAGGCAGACGGAGCUUUUGCCAUUUCAGAGGACACUUGGAAUGAGCCACUUGGUCGUGGAACUGAAAUCAGACUGCACCUAAGCGAUGGAGCUCAGGAGUAUUUGGACGAGUUCAAAUUAAAGGAACUGGUGAAGAAAUAUUCUGAAUUCAUCAAUUUCCCUAUAUACCUCUGGGCUAGCAAAGAAGUGGAUGAGGAGGUUCCUGCUGAUGAAGAAGAUUCCAGUGAUGAAGAUGACACAGAUGAAACUAAAUCCGAUGAGGAAGGGGAGGAAGAAGAUGCUGAGAAAGAAGAGGAUGAGAAAAAACCCAAGACAAAGACAGUUAAGAAAACUACUUACGAGUGGGAACUUUUGAAUGAUGUGAAAGCUAUAUGGCUACGGAAUCCAAAAGAGGUGACAGAAGAAGAAUACACGAAAUUCUACCGCUCCCUGGCCAAGGAUUUCAGUGAUGAGAAGCCCCUAGCAUGGAGUCACUUCACUGCAGAAGGUGACGUUGAAUUCAAGGCUUUGUUGUUUGUACCACCUAAGGCUCCUCAUGAUUUGUACGAGAGUUACUACAACUCAAACAAAUCCAACUUAAAAUUAUAUGUCAGACGGGUUUUUAUCUCAGAUGAGUUUGAUGAGCUUCUUCCCAAGUAUCUGAACUUCUUGAGGGGACUUGUUGAUUCUGACACCUUGCCUCUUAAUGUAUCAAGAGAAAUGUUACAACAACACAGUAGCUUGAAAACAAUCAAGAAGAAACUUAUCCGCAAGGCCCUUGAUAUGAUCCGCAAACUUGCUGAUGAGGACCCAGAUGAAUCUAAUGAUAAAGACAAGACAGAUAUUGAAGAAUCCAGUGACAGCAAUGAGAAGAAAGGUCAAUACAUGAAGUUCUGGAACGAAUUUGGUAAAUCUAUUAAACUUGGUAUCAUUGAGGAUGCAACUAACAGAAAUCGCCUGGCCAAACUUCUACGAUUUGAGACAACAAAGUCAGAUGGUAAAUUGACUUCACUGGAUCAGUACAUCUCAAGAAUGAAGUCAGGACAGAAGGAUAUCUUCUACAUAACUGGAGCUAGCAAAGAACAACUAGAGAAAUCUCCAUUCCUUGAGAGACUGACAAAGAAGAAUUACGAGGUUAUUCUCUUUACAGAUCCCGUGGAUGAAUAUCUAAUGCAAUAUCUGAUGGAUUAUGAAGACAAGAAAUUCCAGAAUGUGUCCAAGGAAGGACUGAAAAUCGAGAAGGAUUCAAAAGACAAGGAACUCAAGGAAUCAUUCAAGGAGUUGACGAAAUGGUGGAAGGGUGCUCUUGCCAGUGAGAAUAUCGACGAUGUAAAGAUAAGCAACCGACUAGCUGAUACCCCAUGUGUAGUUGUAACUUCAAAGUAUGGUUGGAGUGCGAACAUGGAGAGGAUAAUGCAGUCACAAACUUUAUCAGAUGCAAGCAAGCAGGCGUACAUGCGUGGCAAGAGGGUGCUCGAAAUUAACCCGAGACACCCUAUCAUCAAGCAACUUUGCGAGCUAGUAGUAAAAGAUCCCGAGGAUGAAAGUGUAAAGCAAACCGCUCAGCUCAUGUACCAAACAGCAUUGAUGGAGAGUGGCUUCAUGCUCAGCGAUCCGAAGGAUUUCGCUUCCCGAAUCUACAGCUCAGUGAAAACGAGUCUCAACAUCAGCCCGGAUGUAACUGUUGAGGAGGAAGAUGAUGUAGAAGAAGCUGAGACUGAAUCCGAAACUAAAGAGGCAGAAUCUUCUUCACACACUGAAGAUCGUCCUAAGGAUUACGAUGAUGAUGUUAACGAUGAAUUGUAG